UACAUUAUUCAUCAUAAUGCUGUGAUCAAAUCAAAACUUGUAAAUAAAUAGGUAUCCUUAGAAAAAGUCCCGACUUUAAACAAGUCUCCGGAAGGUUCCGAAUUUAAUUCCAAUCUGUUCUAUUACCGUUUAUAAAGUUAAUAACAAUAACGAAAUGUUUUCAAAUCGCAAAAGACAAAAACUACAACAGAAACAGUGGUGGUGAUAAAAGUUUUUAUCUAAGUAAAGAUAAUUGAAAAUGCAGUGGCAAUGGGAAUUUAUGUGCGGUCCCCAGGGACUAAAGCCAUGGAACGACGUAACAAAAGACUUUGGACAAUGCUUCCAGGAUUUAUUUAUACAAAUACCAGUAUUCUUUAUUAUUGCUAUCAUAUCAGGUUUUUAUGUGGGAUAUAGAAAAGACUGGGUUGUGCGAGAAAAAGCUCAGGAAAGGGCAAUAGUAUUUCGAAGUUUUGUCGUAUUAGCUUUAGUUUUUAUCCCUAUUAUAGAGUUAUAUGUUCUUAUUACAACACCUAACUCUGUUUUGUAUCCUGUAAAUUACUUUACUGCUGGUGCAUCAUGCCUCGCGUGGCUGUUUCACUUCGGGUAUGUGUUGGCGUUAAAACACCGACUGGGACAGAGUGCCCGCGGACCCACUUCUCAGCUGUUAAUGUGGAGCUUAGCAGUUUUUGUGAAUGUGGUGGCAUUGCGGAGCAGUAUAAUAACCGGGGCCACUAUGAGUUUCAAUAUUGCUACAAUAUGCUGCCAUAUACUGUAUUUUAUGACACUGCUUCCAUCAAGUAAUUCGAGGCCCACAUUCUACUCACCAUGCCUGGUUGGUUCACAACAUACACAUAGUGAGUACACCCCCUUACUGCCACAUAUGGAUGAAGGUAUACUGGGGACUGCUAUGCAAGGAGCUGGAUUUUUAUCAAGGCUAACAUUCUCAUGGGUAGAUCCACUACUGCAGAAAGGGUUAGAAAAUAAACUUAAUGAUCCUGAGGAACUAUUUGAUGUACCAGCCAAAUAUUGUUGUUCUUAUGUGGGAGCUCGGAUGGACAGGGCACUCAUUGGAAAUGUGGACAACUACCAGCAGUAUGAGGAAGUACCACAUGAGCCUUUCAUAGGAUCCGCAGGAUAUGGUGCAACAGGAGAAACAGCGCCACAAGCAUCUACCCCGGUAACGCCUACAACACGAGUUCUAGUCCGUUCUCCGCGCCGCCAGAAUGUAACACUUCUGCGUGCUUUGCAUUCAUGUUUUGGCAUACAGUUCUACAGUAUUGGUAUACUCAAAUUAAUUUCCGACAUGGCAGGAUUUGCUGGGCCAAUCCUUCUUAACAAUCUUAUAAAAUUUGUUGAAGAUGAAAGUAUUGAUCAACAUUUAGGCUAUGUGUAUGCUGGAUCUCUCCUUGGGGCUACCCUAAUAUCUGCCCUGUUUAAUGUGCACUUUAACUGGUUUAUGUCUGUUGUGGGCCUAAAGAUGCGCGGAGCUAUCGUGGCUACUAUCCUGAGGAAGACACUCAGUGUCACUUCCACAGAAUUGAAUAAUGUGUUCUCUAUUGGUGAGAUCACCAAUUUCAUGUCAACUGAUACAGACAGAAUUGUGAAUUCAUGUCCAAGUUUUCAUGCAUUGUGGAGUAUACCAUUACAGCUAUUCAUAACAUUAUUCCUUCUAUACCAACAAGUGGGAAUAUCUUUCCUUGCUGGAGUGGCAUUCUCUGUUAUUCUGAUACCGAUCAAUAAAAUGAUUGCCAAUAAAAUUGGCCAACUCAGUACGGAAUUGAUGAAACACAAGGACUCACGUGUCAGUUUAAUCAGUGACUUGCUGAAAGGUAUAAGGACGGUAAAAGUUCACGUUUGGGAGGACUACUUCAUAAAUAGAGUUUCAGAGGCACGAAGUCAAGAACUGCGAUAUUUGCGUGGUCGUAAGUAUUUGGACGCGAUAUGUGUGGUCCUAUGGGCCACUACGCCAGUACUCGUAGCCGCCUUCACAUUAGGAACGCACUCGCUUAGAGGACUUCCUCUUGAUGCUCCCACAGUUUUCACUACAGUAGCGCUAAUUAACAUGUUAAUAGCGCCACUGAAUGCCUUCCCAUGGGUGUUGAAUGGGCUGACAGAAGCCUGGGUGUCUAUAAAACGUAUACAAAAGUUGCUGGACCUUCCAGAUAUGGACGCGGAACUUUACUAUGACCGUCUCAAUAAGAACCACGAUGAAGAUAAAGUAAUUAUAUUUAAGAACGCGACAUUCUCGUGGGCUAAGCCGUCAAAGAGAAAGAAACCACCAAAGAAAUCUAAGAAAAAUAAGGGGAAAUCAAAAAAGAGACUGUCGAGAGGUAACAUUCAGAGGCGAGAUUCAACAUCUUCAUCAGAACAGUUGAUCCAAGAUGAGCCUUUCAUGUUAAAAGAUAUCUCAUUAGAAAUCGGUAACGAAGAGUUGAUCGGUGUGACUGGACCCGUCGGCAGCGGGAAGACCUCACUACUACAUGCUAUUAUUGGUGAUAUGAUUAAGAAAAGUGGCUACUUACAAAUACCUGAAAAUCUUACCAGUUUUGGAUAUGUUUCUCAAAAACCCUGGUUGAUACGUGGUACAAUCCGCGAUAAUAUACUAUUCGGCAAGCCGUAUGAAGAAGCUAAGUUCCGGAAUGUAGUUGAUGCAUGUGCUCUUACAGAGGACUUAAACAUAAUCGGAUGGAAUGCGUACGUGGGAGAAGGUGGUUGUACGUUGAGCGGCGGACAACGGGCGCGCAUUGCACUGGCGCGUGCAGUGUACCAGGAUAAGCAAGUGUACCUGCUGGACGACGUGCUGGCGGGCGUGGACGGGGCGGUGGCGGCGCACAUAAUGCAGCGCUGCAUACUGGGCCUGCUGCGACACACCACGCGCGUCUUCGUCGCGCACUCGCCGCGACAUCUCGCGCGCUCCUCCUACAUGCUGCUCAUGGAGGACGGACGCAUACUGCGACAGGGUCCUCCUGAAACUGUAUUAAAUGACAUCGAAGAGUUUAUGCCGAGUGAGACAGAAUCGCUAGGAGAAGAGCCGCCACGUGCACCAGAACCCGCCCAGGACAAUAAUGACACCAUCAGUAGAAACAGUUUGGAUGACGAGGAAUCGAUGUCACAGGGCACUGUUGGUUGGUGGGUCAUUGGCAUGUACCUACGGUCGGUCGGAGUAUUCCUCUCGAUCAGUAUCAUACUUUCUUUAGUACUCAUGCAACUAUCACAAAACUUCACCUUCCUUUGGCUCACGUAUUGGGUUAAAAACAAAACUAAAAACUCAACGUCACUUGAAGAACCGGAAUUUAUAGAACACCCAACAGAGAAAACAAACAUUCUGGAUCAUGGAGUCUUAGCUAUCGACAACGUUAUACAUACUAUUAUAAAUGCAACAAAAAAUCUUCUAGAAAACAAAAACGUUGAAAGUACUUCUCAAGGCCCACAGAUACAAUUGCUACAAGACUUAAAAGCAAAUGUGACGCCAACAUACACGGAUAAUUUUUACUUCGAAGUGUAUUUUGGAUUGGCGGCACUGAAUUUAGUGUUUACGAUCAUGCGAGCUUUCCUGUUUGCUUAUGGCGGCGUCAAAGCGGCAACAAGAAUUCACAAAGUUUUACUUAAAGUCAUCAUCAAAGCCAAAGUUAAAUUCUUCGAUAUAACGCCUCUGGGGCGCAUCGUAAACAGAUUUUCAUCAGAUACUUACACAGUAGAUGACUCUCUGCCGUUUAUACUAAACAUUUUGCUUGCUCAAACAUUCUCAUUAAUUGGCGCGGUGGCGGUGACGCUGUACGGUCUGCCGUGGCUGGUGGCGGGCGUGGUGCCGCUGUCGUUCGUGUACUACCGCCUGCAGCGCCGGUACCGCGUCACCUCGCGACAACUCAAGCGCCUGCAGAGCGUCACUCUCUCGCCUGUCUACACGCACUUCAGUGACACGCUAGACGGUCAGGAGACAGUGCGUGCGCUGGGCGCGGGCGGGGCGUGGAUGUCGCGCGGCGCGGAGCUGGUGGAGGCGUGGCAGCGCGCGGCGCUGGGCGCGGCGGCCGCGGCGCAGUGGCUGGCGCUGCGUCUGCAGGCCGCCGCCGCCGCCGUCGUCGCCGCCGCCGCGCUGCUCGCCGUACUGCAGCGGACCAUGCACGCCGCCGACCCAGGUCUCAUUGGUCUCGCCAUUUCCUACGCGUUGUCGAUGACAUCAAUGCUAAGUAACCUGCUGAACUCUUUCACGGAAACUGAGAGGGAAAUGAUAGCUGUGGAGCGUGUCGGCGAGUACAUCAAGACGGUGGAAAGUGAACAAGUUGACGGUGACCCACCUCCAUACGGCUGGCCUUCUCAAGGCGUCAUAGAAUUUGAAGAUGUUUUCCUGAAAUAUAGCGGUCGUGAGAAUGGUGUGAUGGCUUUGAAUGGCGUCUCAUUCUCGACUCAUCCGGGCGAGAAGCUCGGCGUGGUCGGUCGCACGGGAGCCGGCAAGAGCUCUCUCCUCACAGCCCUACUUCGACUGGCGCCGCUCGCUCGAGGGCGUAUUCUUAUUGAUGGAGUCGACAUCUCUAAACUGCAUUUACACUCACUCAGGUCGCGUAUAGGCGUGAUCCCGCAGGAGCCGUUCAUAUUCUCGGGCAGCGUACGUGAGAACGUGGACCCGCUGGGGCAGUACCUGGACGGCGAGGUGUGGCGCGCGCUGGACGCGUGCGGCGCGCGCCCGCUCGUCGACGCGCGCGCCGGACUGCGCGCGCCCGCCGCACACGCCACGCUCUCCCGCGGACACGCGCAGCUACUCUGCGUCGUCAGGGCCUUACUGCACCGACCUAAGAUACUGCUAGUCGACGAGGCGACAGCGAACCUGGAUAAUGAAGCGGAGCGGCAGAUCGUGGACGCCAUCCGCUGCUCGUUCGGCGGCAGCACCGUGUUGCAGGUGGCGCACCGGCCGGCCGGCGUGCUGCACGCCGCGCGCGUCCUCGUACUGGCAGCUGGUCGCGCCGUCGACAUCCGCGCGCCCGACCUCGCGCUCGCUGACCACUCCUCCCAUCUCUACCAACUCGUCUACGGAUCCUAGACUCACACACGACUCCUAACACGAUAUUACGACAUGAAGCAACGAGCAUCUACCAGAUUAUAUUUUGCCCAGUUGCUCUAGUAAGACUGAAUGGCCAUCCAAAAGAGAAAUGUACAAGGGUGAAUGCAUUUAUACACCAAAAUAUUAAAUAUUUGUCUUUAACUGUUACAUUGGUUUGUGCUUUAUCAUCGAUAUCAAACUUGUAGUAAAAUGCCGUAUGAAAGUUGUUUACUAGAAUCAAAAGUAUCUUAACUAAUGUUAUUUUGUUUCCCAUGUGACAAAAUGCAAAAUUUGAAGUAUUUAUAAUAAUCGCAAAUGUUUUUUUUUAUAUCCAUGUAUGCUUCUCUAAAAACUUAUACCUAAAAUUGGAUCAAUCAAUGUAAUUCCUAAGUUUAUGUGUAUAUAAUAAGUACUACAAUAGAAAAAAUGCUAUUUCUUAUGAACUUCUUGAGUAUAAUUGACAUAAAGUUAUGAGAAUGUUUUGACUGAUGAAAAAGGUUAGUCAUAUUGAUUGCUGUGCCGACAUUUCUUUUUAUUUUCUAUAAAGUAUUCAUUUUGUUUUAGGUAGGUAAGAUAAAAUAAUUAUUUUUAUAAUUAAUUAAUGCAUGACUAAAGGUAGACUGAACUUAUUUGUCAAAGUUAGAUCAAAAUGUCAAUAAAAAUUAUAGAUUUGUUAUUUGUAUGAUUGAAAUGUAGACUUUUGAUUUAAAUUAAAAUAAAAUGUAUAUUUGAAACAUAAAUUUGUAAGUAGCAAUAUCUGUUCCUCGGCAGUGUGUGGUCACGUCACGUUACUCUACAGACGACACGAUUUUUCAAAUUGGCUGCAAGUAAAUUUUAAAUUGCGGGAGCAGCGCCGGCCCAAAGUAAAUCUUACAAUGAAGCGACAUCCAAUUAUUGCGGCUGCUCUAUUUGCUCCCAUUAUACACAUAUACAUACCAAUUCUGGGUGCGUAGUAAGUACAAAACGCGAAUAUCUCGACCAUAUAUUGACGUGACCAAUUGAAAAUUAGGCGCAACGGCGCAAUACCGUCUACGGUCGAAUAUGAUCUUAGAAGUAAUAGAAUAGCGAUACCUUGUAAAAUCCUACUCUCGGAUAGCAGAUCGCGAAACUCUGAAUUUGAAGCUCGGCCGGAGUGAUACCUGUGCCUCAUAUAAGAAUACCGGCGUGAAAUAUCCACUUCGUUCUGUAUUGUCGUGAACGUGAGGUUACCUGCAGUCAAUAAAGCUCACUUCUAACUUAUCUGAUGUUGCAGUUAUCCACGGGCGGCGCCGAUGGCUUAUAAUUAAACUCAUAUAAUAUAGUAAAUAUUUCUGCGAACAAUUAAUUAAAAUAAAUUGUGGCUAGUGAUCUUCCGAGACAGACUACAAGCAGUCACAUCCAUUCCGCUCUCCCCAUAUCUUAUUAUAUAGGUAAGGCUGUAAAAAAAUAGAACUAUAUUCGCAAACAGUCAUAAGUCGUUUUUGUGAUAUCGUACUAAUAAUUAUGGUUUAUCCAAAAAAGUUGUUUUUAGAUUUAGAUGAAUAAUUUAUGUAUAGUAAAAUUGUUCUCGUUCUUUUUUUAGCAGUCAUACUAUAUUAUUUCGUGUAUAAUUUUCAAGUAUAUUAAGUAUUAAAUGAUUUUUAAAUAAAAUGGAAUUG